AUUUGAUGCGCAAGAGUUACAUCUGCGGAACCCCCACCAAAGUACCAACGUAGUCCCUUUUCAUACCUCGAAGAUUUUCAUCGCAACCACAACGGCAGCAGCACAAAGCGUCCAUCGUGACCACCUCAGUCAAUAACUCGAAGACGACCUCCACCUCCCUCUCCCUCCCAAGCCCAAACGCCGGGACAGGGAACACUUAUUAUGACCAGUGAUUAGUGACUUCAUCACCAACCCGAGAAUGCGGAAUUUGCGCAACAUCCGCUUCGAUGCCUGGCGCCUCGCCGACAUCACUUCCACCUGCUGGGACCCCGCCAAGGAUGAACUCCUUUGCACUCUAGGUCCGACCGAGACGAGACGCUCCAUCGAGCUUGUCCGGAUUGCAGAUACAUUUGAGCUACAAUCUCACACUAUUGCUUCGUGGGACGUCCCGAGUCCCCAUCCCGAUGUCCCAGCCGACUCAGUAGUGAGCCUUCACCACUUCAGCGACACGUCUACCACGUGUGUUAUUCUUGCCGGCGGCGAUAUCGUCACUAUCAAGGAACCCGAUGCCUUCUCUUCCCAGGAUGACGUCCACAUUGAGAUUAUCGGCUCCAUCGAUGCCGGAAUUACGGCGGCCCGCUGGUCUCCCGACGACGAGCUACUCCUCGUAACCACCAAAGAUGGCAAGGCCGUCUUCAUGGGCCGCACCUUCGAUGCCAUCGCCGACGUGUCCAUGACCUCGGAGGACCUCAAAGCAUCCAAGCACGUCUCCGUCGGCUGGGGGAAGAAGGAGACCCAAUUCGAGGGGCGGGGCGCGAAGGCCCUCAGAGACCCCACCAUCCCCGAGAAGGUGGACGAGGGCGUUCUCAGCCCGAAGGACGACGGCUCGUCGUCCAUCAGCUGGCGCGGGGACGGCGCCUACGUUGCCGUCAACUCCGUCGAGGGCGGCUUUCGGAGAGUCGUGAGGGUGUACUCGCGAGAAGGCGUCCUGGACAGCGCGAGCGAGCCUGUUGAUGGACUGGAGGGAACUCUGAGCUGGCGGCCGGCGGGGAAUCUCAUCGCCGCCAUCCAGCGUCGGUCGGACAGGAUCGAUGUCGUGUUCUUUGAAAGGAACGGUCUGAGGCAUGGCGACUUUACCUUGCGCUCGCCUGGUGGAGAUAUCCUGUCACACGAUGGGAUCAGGCUGGAGUGGAACAACGACUCGACUGUUCUUGCCGUCAUCUUGUCGGAUACGAUCCAGCUCUGGACCAUGGGGAACUACCAUUACUACCUCAAACAAGAGGUGCCCAUCACGUCCCCGUACGUCCACUUGGCCUGGCAUCCUGAAAAGGCCUUGCGCUUUGCCGCGGCGACGUCCAGUCUCCUCACCUCCGCCGAGUACAUUUUCACUGUGGCAAGGGGUUCUCAGAGGCCACCCCACGAUCAUGGCGCCGUUGCGGUCAUCGACGGCCACACGGCGAAAAUUACCCCCUUCCGGACGGCAAACAUGCCUCCUCCCAUGACCAUGUUCGACUUGGAGGAGGCAUCGAGUGUUGUUGACGUCGUCUUUGAUUCUGCCAAUUCCUCCAUGGCCGUCCUGCAUCGUACCGGAAUAGACGUCUAUGCAUGGCAAACUAAAGGAAGCCGCUCCCUUCACCCCAAGAGGGUGAGCCGAACAACUUUCUUUGAAUCAUCAUCAACGGACGACUCGCCUCGGGUUCCACUUCAAGCAUGCUUUUCCUCGUCUGAAGAAAUCUCUGUCCUCGUUCACGACGGAGGGGACCUAAAAGUUGAAGUAUACAGCUUUGGGCCUGGGGAUAGUAACCUCCAGGAUGUCGUGGAAAUCGAUCGAUCGGAGCCGAUUUCUUCCAUUUCGAGCUACUGCGGUCUACCCGAUAUAGGGGCCUACGCCCAAGAUCGCUCUGGAAAGUUAUACAACUUAUCCGGACAACAGGGCCUUAUGCCUCUCGGACUUCGACUGCCCGUCCAACUGCCAUGGUGUCAGCUGGUUGCCGUCGGAGACAAUACGGUGGCGGUGGGAAUGGCUCGCAACGGACGCCUCUACGCUGACAGUAGGCUGAUAGCCAAGAACUGCACUUCCUUUGUGGUUACUGAUGCCCAUAUCAUCUUCACAACAACCAACCACUUCCUCAAGUUCGUCCAUCUGGUGGAUCCUCAAGAAAUGGAAGUCCCGGAAGACGACCCUGAGGUGGAUGAAAGGUGUCGCAGCAUCGAGCGAGGUGCUCGGCUCGUCACGGCCAUGCCUACCAACAUGAGCCUCGUGUUGCAGAUGCCCAGGGGUAACCUUGAGACUAUAUACCCUAGAGCCAUGGUGGUCGCGGGUAUCAGGCAACUCGUCGAGGAGAAGAACUACGGUCGUGCUUUUUCAUAUUGUCGUACACAACGGGUGGACAUGAACAUUCUCUAUGAUCACCGCCCGAACCAGUUCCUAGCCAACGUUGGCCUCUUUCUCGACCAGAUUCAGGACGUGGCAUAUAUCGAUCUCUUCCUCUCGUCUCUCAGAGAGGAGGACGUCGCCCAAACGAUGUACAAAGAUACCAAGCGGACAACAGCUCGCGACCCGGACAUUAUCGCCGAGGAAGCGGCCGCAGAUUCACUGGCUCCGCAGAACUCGGGGAACAAGUCCAAAGUCAACAAGAUCUGCAAUGCUGUUCUCAAGGCUCUGCAGCAUAAGAAAGAAACCCACCUCCAAAACAUCAUCACCGCCCACGUCUGCAAGGUGCCUCCCGCCUUGGAUGACGGCUUGACUCUGGUUGCCGAGUUGGUGCAAGAAGACGAGAAGCUUGCAGAGAAGGCCGUAGAGCAUAUCUGCUUCCUCGUAGAUGUCAACCUUCUCUAUGACCAUGCUUUGGGGCUUUACAACCUCGACCUUGCCUUGCUCGUUGCCCAGCAAUCACAGCGAGACCCGCGGGAAUAUCUGCCCUUCAUCCAAAACCUCCACAAACUCCCCGAGCUUCGCAGACGGUUUGAGAUUGACGACCACCUUAACCGGCGAUCCAAGGCCCUAGCACAUCUGAAGGCGUUAGAUGCGUUUGACGAACUACAGGCAUAUACUACCAAGCACGCUCUGUACCAAGACGCACUCGGCCUCUGCAGGUACGAGAGGCAAAGACACCGUACUCUCAUCAACCUCUUUGCCGAAUAUCUCGAAUCCAAAUCCAAGUUCCGGGAGGCUGGUCUAGCCUUCGAGUCUCUCGGGAACUACGAAAAGGCCAUGGUCUGCUACCGCAGCGACGGCGCCACGAGCUGGCGCGAGUGCCUCUUCGCCGCCCAGCAGGUACAACCGCCUCUCUCCAAAGAAGCGCUCACCGACCAAGCCACCACCCUCGCCGAGGCGCUCACAGAAGCCAAAGACCACGCCUCAGCGGCGACCCUGCACCUGGACUACCUCGACUCCCUCGAAGGCGCCGUCCGCUCGCUCUGCAAGGGGAACCACUUCGCCGAAGCGCUCCGCCUCCUCGCCCACCGCAGCCGGGCCGACCUCGUCCCCUCCGUCUUCGACCCCGCCCUCGUCGACACCCUCAGCACCACCACCGAGUUCCUGGCCGACUGCAAAUCCCAGCUCCGCGCCCAGGUGCCCCGCAUCCUCGAGCUCCGUCGCCGCGCGGCCGAGGAUCCCCUGGCCUUCUACGAAGGCGAGCGCGCCGGCGGCGCCGACGGGAUCCCGGACGACGUGUCGGUGGCGGCCAGCUCGCGGCUCAGCACCGGCGGCGCGAGCUUGCUCACGCGGUACACGGGCAAAGGCGGCGGCGGCGGGGCGAGGACGACGAGCACGGGCACGGUGGGGACGGGGGUCAGUCGGGCUACGAGCAAGAAUCGGCGGCGCGAGGAGAAGAAGCGCGCGCGGGGCCGCAAGGGUACCGUUUACGAGGAGGAGUACCUCGUGAACAGCGUGAGGCGGCUCGUGGACCGCGUCGGUGCCGUGCGCGGGGAGGUUGGGGCGCUUGUUUUCGCGUUGGUGAGGCGGGAUAUGGCUGAGCGGGCUCGGGCGGUGGAGACGCUGGUGGAUGAAGUUGUGGAGGGAUGCAGGACGGCUGUGGCGGAGGUGUUUGGAUCCCCCGAAGAAACCGAGCAACAGGAUGGGGAGGACCCGAACGAGGGUCUGGCUGGUGGUGGUGGUGGUGGUGGUGGUGGUGUUGGUGGAGACAUGGGAUAUGUGGCUACAGGAGGUGCGGGUGUCUUCCAUGAAUACUUGGAGGCGAGGAACAGGAGGCAGGAAGUUCCCCUUGUCCAGGCGGUCCAAAAGCUAUCCUUGCUCGGAGGAUAGCGUAGUCCUAGAUUAUGGCAAUCCACAUAGAUGAUGUACAUAGAAACGAUUUUUCCAAGGUGGGAAAAUUCCGGAACCAUUCACACGACUAAAGAUGAUCAUGAUAGCUGCAGUGCUAUCUGCUGAUAAAAGUACACUAUUGCACAAGUGAAGAUCGCCU